UCUGCCUGUAGGGGGCGAAAGUAGGACUAUGUAAAAACCCACGCACUCCGCUACUCAUUGGGAAUAGUAUAAAAAGUCGGAGACUACCCUCCCCGCUUUUCUUGAUCUUGCUGUUCAUAGUCGGCUUUAUGUUUUGAUGAGGCAUUCAUAACAGAAGAACUAGAAAGUAAACUUCAACCAAAGUUAAAAUCAUGAAUAUGAAGUUCACAAAAAUGAAAGGUAUAGCCUGUUUGAUCUUCAGUUAUAAUGAUAUCCGCAAUUUCUAUUUUUAAAGUUGAAUAUUUACUGUAUGCCUGUGUUUAUUCAAAAGUUAAUUGCAGAUUCACUAACAUUAUCCUGUUUUAAAGGUUUAAUUUGUCGCUUCUCUGGACGUUGCUUAUCCAUCCAUUUUGGUCAGGAGCGGGAGGGCAAAGCUUACAACAGGCAACAUUUGGGCACAACGCUCGGCUACAUCUUAAAGGGACGCCAGUUUAUCGCAGGGCUAACAGUCUUAAUAACAGAUAUGAUCUCUGUGAAUGCAACCAGGGAUUAAUCUUGAGGAGUGUAUUAACAGAUUUGUUCGAAACGCACUAGCUUUACGGCGUCUAGACAAUGCUGUGAUGGGUCGUCAUAAGAGAAAAUAUUUUUAAAGAGGGUAUAUAGGAUACCCACGCGGAUUUUUCCUUACUUUAAUAUAUCAGUAGGUGUCGCUCCUAUUUUCCGGGCAGGGUCAGGAUUAUCCCGCCCCUUAGUGAAACUGAGACGGGGUAUCUCCCCGUAUCUCGCUGCGCCUGUUUUCUCACUCCUUUGGCUAAGCAGAUGCGCACCAAGUCGCACAUUUUAGGAGCAGCACCCCGUCAUUUGCGGGGAAGGGACGGGCAGCAGCGCCAUGGACGCGAGCAACAUGCAAGACAGCUUUUCUGUUAGUCUUCACAUUUUCAGCGAGGACCAAGCCAAGGGAGGAAUCCAACUCUGUAAGUCGAAUCAGCAUCAGGACCUCACUUUACAAGUGGGCGGCGUGGAGGGGGAACAGGAACUGACUCUCAAAAAUGGUGAUGGUGUGUGCGUGUUCAAGUUCUCAAUGGGCAGAGAGACAGAGUUCUGCAGGGCAGGCAACCAGUCCUUUCUUGUCACUUUGGGCUGUGUCAGUGUUCUCCUCCAUUUCAGGACUGGGACAGAGUUCCACACCUUUCACAAAAUGGUGAGGAGGGACAGCAGACUGGGGAGGGAGCCGUCUGCAUUUGACCAGCGCACUGAUGACUCCUCAGCCCGGCAAUACUUCCAGUUUUAUGGCUGUCUGUCCCAGCAGCAGAACAUGCUCCAGGACUACCUCCGGACAGCCACCUACCAGAAGGCCAUCCUUCUGAACGAGGUGGACUUCAGAGAUAAGGUGGUUUUAGAUGUGGGCUGCGGAUCCGGCAUCCUCUCCUUCUUUGCCAUCCAGGCUGGCGCCAAGAAGGUUUAUGCUGUGGAAGCCAGCUCUGUGGCUAGGUAUGCAGAGAAAGCUGUCAUCAAUUCUCACCGCCAGAUACUUGUCAAGAGCAACCAUCUGUCUGAUCGGAUCACAGUCUUGACCGGGAAGAUCGAGGAGGUCUCCUUCCCAGAGCAGGUGGAUGUUAUCGUGUCGGAGCCGAUCGGGUAUAUGCUGCUGAAUGAGCGAAUGCUGGAGAGCUACCUCUACUCCAAGAAAUGGCUGAAGUCCAAAGGAAUGAUGUUCCCGACCUUCAGUGACCUCCACCUUGCCCCCUUCUCUGAUGAGCAGCUGUACAUAGAACACUACGCCCGAUCCAGCUUCUGGCAUCAGACCUCCUUCUUUGGGAUUGACCUGAGUGGCCUGCACAGCGCUGCUGUGGAUGAGUUCUUCAAGCAGCCAGUCGUGGACACAUUUGACAAGCAGAUUCUCAUGGCAAAAUCUGUCAAAUUCAGCAUCAAUUUCCUAGAAGCCAAAGAAGAGGAUUUACAUAGGAUAGAAAUCCCCUUCGUCUUCCAGUUACACCAGUCCGGUCUUAUCCACGGCGUAGCUGUCUGGUUCGACGUCGCCUUUGUGGGCUCCAGGACCACAGUAUGGCUGUCCACCUCGCCGAGUGAGCCCCUGACCCACUGGUACCAGGUCCGCUGCCUACUUCAGACCCCGCUCUUUGCCAAAAUGGGGCAGACCCUUUCGGGGACCGUCCUGCUGGUAGCCAACAAAAGGCAAAGCUAUGAUAUACAUCUGUCUGCUGUUGUCGACCAGUCUGGCUUCAAAUCUGGCAACGUACUGGAUCUUAAAAACCCGUUCUUCAGAUAUGCCUAGAUGUACAGCCAUUGCCAAAGCUGAGCCAAAAACAUGGAAAACAGCAGGAUCAACGUAAAUGUGUCUCAAAUUCGUGUUUUGACCCUGAGCUUUUAAUGAAACUGGGGCAGCUGGACUACAGUGUCCUGUACUGAUUGAGAGGAACCCAGCCAUGGAGAGGAUGGGGCCACUGCCGCUCCACUGGAGGACUGCGGUACUGCAGGCUGAUUCUACGACAGCUGAAAGCAUUCAGUUCCGUCUCAGUCCACGUUCUCUUCUCUAUAAUGCAGACUGUCAUUAAGAUCUAAAACGUGCAGUACUCAGAUGUUGAAAGAUUAUUAACUUUUCUUAACGUGCAAUAUGGCGCUUGGGAAGAAUUGUGUGUCACAUUUCAUAUUUUAUUAUUACUUAUGGAAGCAAUUCAUGUUAUUUAGGCCUAUUUACAAUAGAAACAUAACUUUGCAUUUAAAAUAUAUUUUUGUUCUUUCCCUUUGCUUUCUGCCAUGAAUUCGUCUGUAAACUGUUUUCCACAUAUACCGUGUUUAUACCAACAUAUCAGGAAAUUGUCAGACAAUGUAUAUGUAUUCUCGCUUACUCAAAGCGACCGACAGGAUUCACGAAUUUAUAUACUUCUAUAUCUUACUUGAACGAAGUAUUAAAGUAACCGCGAAGUCAGACGGAAGAACCACAUUGCCACCCUCUGACCAUGUACUGUAUUAACCCCGAAAGAAACUUAAAUUUGUACCAUGGUUUUAAAUAAAGUGUGAAUCAUACAA